AUGACUCAGGAAUCAGGCCAUCAGUCUGCAACAAUUCGAAGUAUGCUCCAAUUAAGACCAGUUUUAAAAGAGUAUAUGUACUGCCAUAUUGGAAAUGGAGAGAAUGCUGCUUUUUGGUUCAAUAAUUGGACCAGUAUUGGACCGUUACUUGAAUUUGAAGGACAAGGAGGCCCGAGAGCAAUGAGAGUUAGAAAGGGAGCUAAAGUAAUUGAUGCCACACGUCAAGAGUCCUGGUUUUUGCCUCCUACUCGUUCGGAUCAAAUCCAAAUGAUUCAGGCUGAGAUAACUACCAUACAACCGCCAAAUGCUUCUCAUGGCCCAAAUCAAUUUCUUUGGCGUAAAUCAGAUGGGACUUUUGGACCGGUUUUCUCUUCUAAGGUCACGUGGGAGUACCUCCGUGUACCCUCUCCUACUGUCUAUUGGCAUAAGGUGGUUUGGUUCAAAGAAUAUAUCCCUAGGAACUCAUUUAUGGCUUGGUUAGCUCUAUUAAGGAAGAUGCCAACAAGAGAUAGGCUACGUCGUUGGGGUAUGGACGUACCUUCAGUUUGUGAACUCUGUUCUACCAGCAGUGAAACACAUCACCAUCUCUUCUUUGAGUGUGAAUACUCUUCUACUCUAUGGCAAGCUUUUGCGUCUCAAAUCUGGACCAACCCACCUAAUGAUUUGCAUUCAGCAGCAUCAUGGAUUCUCCAACUGUCUCGGCAGUCUAAUGCCAAUGCCAUCCGCUUAAUCAAGCUCAUAUUUCAGGCCUCUAUCUACCUGUUAUGGAAAGAGAGGAAUGCUCGUAUCUUCACAGCGGUCUCUACUCCACCACGCAUCAUCCAUCACGCCCCGGACCGGCUUCUUCGGGAUCGCCUUAUCUCUAUCAAGGCUACUCCUCCACCUGCUCAAUCACCCCUCUAA